GGUCAGUCCUUAUACCCGCGGGGUAGCCGCUGCGGUUCUUCACUGCAGCAUCGAAGGGCGACGGUAGCACAAGUGGGAUCAGGUCGAGAGAGAGAGAGAGAGAGAGAAACCCAGCAUAAGAUCGCCGCACACAUUUUGCUUCUUAUUAUUUUUUUUUAAAAAGGAUAAUCACCUCCCAAACACCCACUCCUCAUCUGCCUAAAAGAACUCUUGCAGAUUCAAACUCCGGGUUUAAUCUGUAGCACCAUGGCUGAUAAGGAUGCGAAGAAGGAUACGGAGCAAUCAGGAGGAUGGAAGAACUUCAUCUACAACCCGGAGACCGGCCAGUUUAUGGGCAGGACCGCCAGCAGUUGGGCUUUGAUUUUUCUCUUCUAUCUGGUAUUUUACGGCUUCCUAGCCGGUAUGUUCAGCUUCACCAUGUGGGUAAUGCUUCAGAUGUUGGAUGAUUACACCCCCAAGUACCGUGACAGAGUUUCCAGUCCAGGUCUUAUGAUCAGGCCAAAAGUAGGAUCUGCCCUAGAAAUUGUAUUUAACAAAUCUGAUGCCAAGUCUUAUGAAAAAUAUGUGACUGCUCUCGAUGGCUAUCUGAAACCUUAUGAUGAUUUGCUGCAAGCACAAAAAAAUAUUAUUUGCCGUCCUGGAAAGUAUCUUGGGCAGCCUGAUGAUUUAUUGGAGAAAGUGGCAUGUCAAUUUAACCGCACAUUGCUUGGUGAAUGUUCCGGAACAUAUAAUAGGAGUUUUGGCUAUAAUGAGGGGAAACCGUGUGUCCUCGUUAAAAUGAAUAGGAUAAUUGGACUAGAAGCAGGUGCAGGAGACAAGCCUACAUUAAACUGCACAUCCAAGAAAGAACCAUACGUGGAUAUGCAGUACUUUGGAUCAUUUGAUAAAAUGUACUAUCCAUAUUAUGGCAAAAAAGCCCAUGUUAACUACUCUCAGCCUCUGAUUGCUGUAAAAAUAUUGUUGGGCACCAAUGACACCAACAGGGAUUUAAUGAUCGAAUGCAAGGUAACUGGUACCAAUCUGAAGAACAAUGAUGAUCGCGACAGGUUCUUGGGUCGGGUAGCUUUCAGAGUUUAUGUAACAGAAUAGCAUGAAUGGAAGAGCUUGCACGAUGACUACUCUGUUGUCUUGUUUUGUUAUAAUGCGCUGGACCUGCCAUUGUAGAUGUGUGACCACUUUGAAGGGGGUAUGAGCUAGAUGGCAUUUUAUGGUAGCAUCAUGUGCUUCCAGAUAUCAAGUAUUAAAAUAAAUCCUAAAUACCUAGCUGCCUGCCUUGCCCCUGCCCAGCCCCCUUGUUGGACCAGUUUAUGCACAUAUUAAGACAUCAUUGCCAUAAUUAAGGGAUCUGUAAAUAGCUCUACUUAACUUUGAAUAAUGGCGGUCUUUGUCAUUUUGUGCUGUGAUUUUUGCUCCAAGUGAAUGUCUAAAGCUUAAUGUGCUGUUGCUGUGUACAUAUUUAAUGGAUUAACACAGGUUAAUGUCCACAUAGAAUAUGAAUGAAAAAAUUAGGAAGCAAGAUCAAAGAUAAUGCAGGCUGACCAUAAAGAUUUUAUAACCUUUGCAGAAUUAUGUCUUUCGUGCAGAUGCCUUAAAACCUGUAUGAAAAAAAUAAAAUAAAACUGGAUUUUAAACUUUU